AUGGCACCUAAUGCAGCGGAACCACUGGCAAGGCCUGCAUCCACACCAACUGGGAUUAACGCCAUUUUACUUGGACCUCCCGGGUCUGGCAAAGGAACACAGGCGCCGCUGUUGAAAGAGAAAUAUUGCGUAUGUCACUUGUCCACGGGAGAUAUGCUGCGGGCGGAGAUAGCCGCUGGGUCGAAGCUCGGUGCACAGCUGAAAAAGGUGAUGGAUGAGGGCAAGCUGGUGUCCGACGAGCUGGUGGUGGACAUGAUCGAUUCUAACCUGGACAAACCGGAAUGCCGUAACGGAUUCUUGCUGGACGGUUUCCCACGAACCGUGGUACAGGCGGAGAAGCUAGACAAUUUACUGGAAAAGCGUAACACGGGCCUAGAUGCGGUAAUCGAGUUCGGUAUCGACGAUAGUCUGCUGGUACGACGUAUCACCGGUCGGUUGAUCCACCAGGCAAGCGGUCGAUCGUACCACGAAGAGUUUGCGCCACCGAAGGUGCCAAUGCGCGAUGAUGUGACCGGCGAACCGCUAAUGCGGCGCAGUGACGACAAUGCGGAUGCGCUAGUGAAGCGCCUGGACGCAUACCAUAGGCAAACGAAACCAUUAGCUGACUAUUACGCACUGCGAGGAUUGCAUUUCCGCGUCGAUGCUGCCAAAAGUGCGUCGGACGUGUUUGCCAAUAUCGACAGCAUCUUUACGAAGCAGCGGACAGCUCGUUUGAGCUUAUAA